UCAUGUUGCCUGAAGUAGCCCAGGGAAGUCAUGUCAUCAGAUAAGCGCACAGUGACGUCCAGAAGGUGGGAGCUGUUUCUGAAUGUGGCCAACGGGCUGCUGCACUGACUUUACUGCGAGCCUGUCAAACACAACCAACACAGCCAACAUGGCGGACUGGGACGCUGAAACCUUCGAGUCGGAGGAGACUAUUAAAAAGGCGGCAGAGGUUGACAAAUGGGAAGGCGAAGACGAUGAAGACGAUGUUAAGGAUAACUGGGAUGAUGAGGAGGAAGAAGCCGAGAAAAAGGCACAGGUGAAAAAAACUGAGACAAAGGUUUCUGAAAAGAAAAAGUUGAGUGAGAAGAUCAAAGAGAAAGAAACCAGUCAAAGAAAAAGCAUGCAGGAGGAGCAGAAGAUGAAAGAUGAGAUGGAUGAAGAUGAAGAAGAGCUCACUCCUGAAGAACUACUCGCAGAGAAGAUAAGAGUGAAGAAAUUACAGGAAGACGCAGACUUGGAGCUAGCAAAAGAUGCUUUUGGUGUCUGCAGCACUUCAAACAGUGUCACUGGGAUUGAUGUCAUGUCUCCAUCUUCCAAAGAAGACUUCACUGAGUUUGAAAAAUUGCUGAAAGAAAAGAUAUCUCAGUUUGAAAAAUCUGUGCAUUAUUCAAGUUUCUUGGAUUCAUUGUUUCGGGAACUCUGUAUUUCAUUGGAAAUAGAGGACUUGAAGAAAGUCAGUAAUUCUCUGACAGCCCUACUUAGUGAAAAACAGAAACAAGAAAAACAAAACAAAGGAAAGAAGAAGAAGAAAGGGGUCGUACCUGGAGGUGGAUUGAAAGCACAGCUGAGAGAUGACCUUGACUAUGCAGAGUUUGAUGGUGGCUACGCCCAAGACUAUGAGGAUUUCAUGUGACACUGGCUCCAUCAACCCUGCCCUUUUCCCCUCCUAACCCUCAGAAAUGCAGCUGUACCUUCUCAUGCUGUCCAGUGCCAUCCUGGAAAAUCUGAACUAUGUGUUGCCCCCUUCAUUUUGCUUCAAUGACCAGAGGGCAUAUACCAGGAAGCAUCCAGUCUCACCAACUCUUUAAUACAUAUGGAAUUGCCUUUUCUGUCUCAUUCAGCCUCGACUCACACACAUCAUGUAUAAUCUGUUGGGUAACCAAUCUUCAAUAGAUAAUACAUUGUGACUGCUGUUCUCUGAGUUUCGCAGGGCUCAUUUUUUAUUAAAUGUUGCUUCUGUCAAAAAUAAGCAGAUACAGUAUUUCAGUUAUAAGUAAAGUGACAUAGAAACACAAGGAUCUACGCUAAUUCUUUAAGCAGAAUGUAUAUAUUAUAGGUCUCACUUGCCUGUGGAUGGUUAUCUUACAGGAAAGUAUAUAGUAUCUAUAACUUGCCAAAUUCAGAACAAUUAUUCAAUACAUUAUUCAUCUUUAUCUCUGGAAGGUUGCAUUGUGGGUGAUUUUGAGACUGACGCAACAUGUAAGUAGUAGUUGUAAUUUUACAGAGAGCACACGACAUUCACUGUAAGGUAAAAGAGAUAGACAAGUAUAAUAAAUGUGACUUUAAAACCUCACAGCCAU